AUGUCGGCUGCUAGUAGAGAGCUAUUUGAUUUGGUGAAGAAUUCAAGACUUGCCCAAGUAGCAAAGCCACAUCUGAAAAAUAUAAGAGGUUCAUCCAACAUACCAACACAUCAAAUCAUAUUUACACCAUCAUCAAGUGCAUAUAGAUCAAAUUAUGGUUUAAAAACUGCCUUACCCUCAAAGAUUGGGAAAUCUCACAUUUCAUUCAAUGAUAUAGAUAAUUCAAAGGGAAUGCCUGAUGUUGAAAAAAAUUCAGGUCAUCAUUAUACUCAAUUAAUUUUCAAAGAAAUUGGAAUACCAUUAAAGAAUCAUUUCACUCAAACUAAUCCUUUAUUUCCUACAAGUUUAAAUAAAAGUAAUAAAACAAUAAGAGAAGGUUCUUUAACUAACUUAUUAAACUUGGACACAAGAAUUAAAACCGAAGAAGUUUUGAAAAUCUUAUCUCAAAACACCAAGUUAUAUUCAAAUUUUAAAAAAUUUUUAGCAAAAAAUUAUCCUCAAUAUUUAUUAUCAUCAAGUUCCUCAAAUCAAAUAUCAAUAUCUUCAAACAAUGAAAUAAUACCAAUAAUAAAAGAAUUUUUAAGAAAUUCACAACAUAUAAUAAAAAAGGAAAAUACAAUUUUCAACAACACCAGAGAAAAUAUUGAAACUAUUCAAGGUACUGGUGGGUUUUCAUAUAAUCAAAAAGGAAGAUUACAAAAUACUCCAAAUGGUGUAAAAUACAAUCAUAUAGUACCUGGUAGAAUAGUAGGUACAAAAGAAGCAGCAAUUGGAGGAUUUAUAUCAAAUGUUAUAGAUCGUUCAAUAGCAUUACAAACAAAUUACGCAAGAAAUUAUCCAGGUAAACAUCAUAGACAAUUUGUUGUCCCUUUUAAAAUUAGUGAAGCAGAAUUAAGUGAAGAUGGAUCAAUAAGAUUAUUUUCAGAAGGUAUUAAAAAUGGUAACUGGUCAGAAACUGAUGAUAGAUAUUCUGGUUCAAAUAGAUCAAAUUUUGCAAGUACUUCAGAAAGAAAUAAAGCUGAUGAUGAAAGUUUGGAAAGUUUACUUAAUUUAAUUUUACCAUCAAGAUAA